AUGGGCUCUCCCGUACAUGAAACGGAGGAGGAUAUAGAGGUGAACAUUGAUUCCGUAAGGGAUGAUGAUGACUGGGUAGUUAGCGAAAAGAGAAAGCAGAAGUCGAGCAAAUCUAGGAAAUCGGGGAGUGGCGAAGAUGAUGGAUUAGAUGGUAAUGGAAGGAAAAGAAGUAUUUCCGACAAACAUGAAAACCGUAAGAGAGUGGGUGGGUCAAGCAGAGAUAGUGAUCCCGACGAAUAUGAAACCAGGAAAGAGUCGCGCUCUAAGCAGGUGAAGAAAAAGCGGCCAGAAGAGAACACAUUGGAUGUAUUGAGCACUUGGUAUCAAGAUGGAGAAGUAGAUAAUAAGUAUGAACGUGGUGGCAAACUCGAGAGUAGAGGGUAUAGUCGAGUUGAAGAGAGUGAGAUAAAUAAAUCGUCUUCAAGGCAUUCAGAACGCGUUACUGAUUUGGAAAAUUUGCCAGAAAGAGAUUCAAGAGAGUCUUCGAGAAGGGAUAAUAGCCGAGAGAAGGGAAUUGGGCAUGCUGAACAUGGAAGGAACCAUAGGAGAAGAUGGGACGAGGCCGACAACACAAAUAAAACUGUUGAUUAUGGAGAAAAAAAUGAUGUCAGGAGCGGCAUGUCUCCGGAUGCCAAACUCGAUUGUUUAAAUGAAAGAGAAAAAUCUUAUCCUUUGGGAGCUGAAUUAAAUGAUAUUAAAGGCAGGGGUUUGGAAUCACCGAAUGACAAAGAUGAGAGAAGAUUUGAUUCUGAGAGGAGUGACAGAGGAAAACAUGAAGCUGUCGAGGAAGACAAUAUGGGAAUUACGACACACAAAGAUAUCUCAAGCAAAGAGAGGUUUGAGGGGCACAAACAACAAAGAAAUUCCACUAGGGAGACUGUUGACAGCUAUGCCAGAUCUUCAAAUGCUGAUGAAGAUGUUAAGACCUGGGCAGGAGGCAAAACUAGGACUGAUGAAGAAAAUUAUACUUCCAGAACCCCUGAGAAGAUCGGGAGACGUCCAAUCGAACCAGAUAAUCUUGACGUAGAUUAUGAACGAAGCAAUAGCUUUAGGAGGAAGGAAUUGGGAAAAGAUGCCUCAUGGGAUGACAGAUCCAAAGGAAGAGAUGAUGGUUGGGUUGACAGAAACAGGGACCGGGAGAAUUUUAAAGAUUCACGGAAAAGAAAGCAAGAUAAAGAAACAAGAGAAGGUGAAACAAACUUUGAGAACAUGAGGGAUUGGGAAUUGCCCAGGCGUGGUCGUGACAGGCUUGAUGGUCGUAUUGGUGGUAGAAAAGAUGGGAACAGGACUGAAGCCGUGAAAACGUCGUCCAAAUACGGAAUAUCAAGCGAGAAUUAUGAUGUUAUUGAAAUUCAAACCAAACCAUUUGAUUAUGCGAGAGAUGAUUCCAGGACCAUUCAGCAAUCUGACAUGAAGCAACCUGAUCCUGAGGAUAUCUCUCAUCCGAGGGAGGAUAGAUCACAAAACACCCAAGGAUCAGCACAAUACGUUGAAGAUAGAAAGGAUAGGUUCAUGGAUAGCGACAAUCAGAAUUUAUGGAGAGAUGAUAACGAUUGUAAUCCUGCAGAAAAAUCGAGAGGCCCGAAAGGAGUCGCACCUAGUCGUGGUGGUACAGGUGGACAGAGUUCCAGUGGUGGUUCGCUACCUCCAUUUGGAAACCAGGAGCUUGGCUCCUUCAAUAGAAGCUCUUCUCAAGGUGCCAGAGGGAAUAGAAUGGGGAGAGGAGGAAGGGGUAGGCCUUCUGGGAGAGACAGUCAACCAGCUGGUAUCCCGAUGCCUUUGAUUGGUUCGACUUUUGGGCCGCUCGGCUUGCCGCCUCCUGGAUCAUUGCAAUCUUUACCUCCCAACAUGUCCCCUGCUCCAGGUUCAAUUUCACCUGGUGUCUUCAUUCCACCAUUUCAACCUCCCAUUGUAUGGCCGGGAGCCCGAGGUGUUGAGAUGAAUAUGCUUGGUGUUCCUCCCGGGCUUCCACCUGUCCCCUCUGGACCAUUGGGGCCGCCCAGAUUCUCUCCUAAUGUAGGUAACACGCCAAGUGGUGGUUUGGUUUUCAGUCCAUCGGGGCCUGGAAGGGGAAUGCCUCCUAAUAUGUCUAGUCCAAACUUUAAUACAAUACUAUCCCCUGUAGUUCGUGGUCAGCCGCAAGAGAAAGUUUCUGGAGGGUGGGUUCCUCCUAGGAAUAAUAAUGUUCCCCCGGGGAAAGCCCCGUCUAGAGGAGAGCAGAACGACUAUUCCCAGAACUUCGUAGACACUGGUAUGCGGCCACAAAAUUUUAUUCGGGAGCUCGAGCUGACUAGUGUUGUAGAGGACUAUCCCAAACUCCGGGAGCUCAUACAGAAAAAAGAUGAGAUUGUUGCAAAAUCUGCUUCUCCUCCUAUGUACUACAAGUGUGAUCUGAGGGAGCAAGCGCUUUCUCCCGAGUUCUUUGGGACAAAGUUUGAUGUCAUUCUUGUUGACCCACCAUGGGAAGAAUAUGUUCACCGAGCACCAGGUGUCACCGACCAUAUGGAGUACUGGACAUUUGAAGAAAUAAUGAACUUGAAGAUUGAGGCAAUUGCCGACACUCCGUCUUUCAUAUUCCUUUGGGUUGGGGAUGGUGUUGGGCUAGAGCAAGGUCGACAAUGUCUAAAGAAGUGGGGAUUUCGCAGAUGUGAAGAUAUAUGCUGGGUUAAGACCAAUAAAACAAAUGCAACUCCGGGAUUACGUCAUGAUUCACAUACUCUGUUUCAGCGUUCAAAGGAACACUGUCUGAUGGGCAUAAAAGGGACUGUGCGUCGCAGUACAGAUGGUCAUAUAAUCCAUGCGAACAUUGAUACUGAUGUAAUAAUUGCGGAGGAGCCUCCUUAUGGUUCAACUGCGAAGCCUGAGGACAUGUAUCGUAUAGUUGAACAUUUUGCUCUUGGUCGAAGAAGGCUGGAGCUGUUUGGUGAGGACCAUAAUAUUCGUUCUGGGUGGUUGACUGUCGGUAAAGAGUUGUCCUCAUCAAACUUCAAUUCUGAGACGUAUAUCCGAAAUUUCGUUGACAAGGAUGGUAAGAUUUGGGUCGGGGGUGGGGGUCGUAACCCACCCCCCGAGGCCCCCCACCUCGUCCUAACGACCCCCGACAUAGAAUCCUUGCGGCCCAAGUCUCCCAUGAAGAACCAACAGCAGCUCCAACAGCAACAGCAGCAAUCCGUCGUAUGGCUCCCGAGGUCGUCGUCUUUCGAGGCGCAGUGCACCAAAAGCACCGGAGAAUCUCCCGGGAGAUCGCUGUAA